CUCCCCCUUUGCUCCUCCCCCCCUCCUGGCUCCGACCGCCUGUAACCUUCAAGUAACGGAGAUCUGUAACGUCACGUACCGGAUUUUGCUGAGGGGGAGGGGUGCAGUUAUAAUCAAGAACGGAGCCGGAGGCGGGAGGAGUGUAUUUUUGAAGAGUAGACUUGGAGUACAGUUCAGAACUGAAGUUCAGUUCAGUAUAACAGAGUACCCGGAGAAAGCAACCCGUACGGAUUCUUAACCUUCGUUACCCCGAGGUUUAAUGGCAAAAAAAGCAAUUUUGAUUUCGCGGAUUUUCGCUCCUGAACAAUUACAAACACGGCGUAUUUGGAACGGUCGUCCGGCCUCGGUCAUCGUGACCGACCGGUCCAAGCGAUCAUAUAAAGCAGCCGUUGCCGACGAUCUUUAUGACAUAAAUCGUCAGCUGCCGCCGGAAGUUAUCAACAGGAGGAAAGACUUGUUGGAUCUUACAUUUGAGGAUCAUCGUGCCGCGUUCAAAUCUAAAACAACAUGGGAGGUGCUACGCGCCAUGUUGGUUUAUCAGCUGUGCGGCAUCAACAUGCUAGUCGACAACAACGAAAAGCUAAUGAAGUUGGGACAAGCUGUUCUGGGAAAAAGACUGUUUGGAGCAAUCAUGAAGAAAACCUUCUACGGACAGUUUGUAGCGGGAGAGGAUACAGUUCGAAUACAGCCCACCAUAGACAGAAUGAAUAUGUUUGGUGUGAAGAGUAUACUAGAUUACAGCGUAGAGGAGGAUCUAUCUCAGGAGGAAGCAGAAGAAGCGGAAAUGGAGUCUUGUGUUUCUCAUGCAGACGGUAAUGAUGCCCCAGUAGUCAAUUUCGCCGGAAUUAAAGGGGAAAAGGACAAAAAUUUUGAAAAUGAGAUUAGCAGAUACCAGGCCCAUAAAGAAUUUGGAGACAGAAGAGUUGGGGUUACAGGAGCCAGGACUUUCUUCUACCAGGGUGAAGCAAAUUGUGAACGAAAUCUAGAAACUUUCCUGCGUUGUAUUGAGACCGUUGCAACUACUACACAUACUACAGGAUUUGCCGCCAUAAAGUUGACAGCUUUGGGUCGACCCCAGCUUCUCCUCCAGCUGUCAGAGGUCAUUGCUAGAGCACGAAAAUAUAAUCAGGAGGUUACAGGGCAGUGCGGCAGCGUGAUAGAAGGCCACGUGGAUCCACAGAUGUUUGAAAACCGGUUUAGAGCAGCAGGAAUUAAGGUUGAGCGACCUGAAGUACAGGACUGGUUGGACAAAAUGACCUAUGAUAAAAAAGGUUUGAUUCAUCUGUUCUCCUGGUCUGGACUCAUAGAUACUAACAUACUCCUUCAGGACCUUUUCCAGGUUCCGAACCUGAAGACAGGUCGGAUGGAGCCCUUGAUCACCGCCUUAACUGACGAGGAGGAGGAACAGUUCCAGAACAUGCUAAGGAGGAUACACAGAGUAUUCCAGGCAGCUAAGGACAUGGAUGUUAGAGUGAUGGUUGAUGCUGAACAGACAUACUUUCAGCCAGCAAUAUCCAGGCUGACCAUGGAAAUGAUGAAGAAGUACAAUACGGAGAAGGCCAUUGUGUUCAACACCUACCAGUGUUAUCUGAAGGAAGCUUUCCACUCUCUGACCUUGGACCUGGAGCAGGCCAGCAGACAGAAGUUCUUCUUCGGAGCCAAGCUCGUCAGGGGGGCGUACAUGGAACAGGAGAGAGCCCGAGCAAUUGCCCUGAAUUAUCCAGAUCCAAUAAACGAAGAUUUUAACGCUACAAGUGAGAUGUACCACAGAUGCCUUGAUACAUGCAUGAAACGGAUUCAUAAUUUAAAAACUGAAGGAAAGGAAAAGGGAAAGAGGGUGGGUAUCAUGGUAGCCAGCCACAACGAGGAUACCGUCAGGUUCGCUAUCCAGAGGAUGAGAGAGCUCGACAUCCAACCCGAGGACAAGGUUAUAUGUUUCGGUCAGCUGCUGGGCAUGUGUGAUCAGUUGUCCUUUCCUCUAGGUCAGGCCGGGUACAGCGUGUACAAGUAUGUACCGUACGGACCGGUAAACGAAGUUCUGCCGUAUCUUUCAAGGAGAGCCCAUGAGAACAAGGGAAUGCUGGCAAAGCUGGAAAAAGAGAAAAGAAUGCUGAGGCGAGAACUUAAGGAUCGUGUGCUGAAAGGAAGGCUUUUCUACAAACCAAAGGGAGAUUACAUACCGAUUUAAUUUUGAUUAAGCAGAACUGUUCAGCGAUUCAGAGAUUUGUUGUCAAUUCUUCUAUCCAAUCCAAGGGCUUAUAGACAGUAACCUCUACACUAUACAGUAUAUUAACAUGAUGCAAUACUAUAGAAUGAUAUAUUUCCAUGAAAAAAAAUCAAAAUCUUAAUCAUUUUUUAUAAAAACCAAUAUUAUUCAUACUAUUUUUAGAAUCCUAAUGUAUUUUUACAUCUCUUGCAUUUGUACCAUUAUUUUUUAGCAUUUCUAAGAAAGCUAAGAAAUAAGGUUUUAAAGCUGAAGUAUGUCUGCCACAAGCGUCGUAACUUAGUGCCGUUGUCGCGCAAGGAAAGCCUACCCCCCCCCCAUGUGAUUUAAUCAUUUCAACACAAUUUUAGAAACCCAAACCAAUUUUGAAACUUAAAAAACUUUUAUAAGUUUAAGGUAAAGUUAUAAAAAUAAAUGCGCAUUUAGUUCUUCAAUGUAUUAUUGAAGGGGGAAAACGCAACACAAGAUUUUUCCUUGUAAAUUAUCUAAUAAUCAUUAUUUCUUUGGGACAAAGAUAAUUUUUAAAGUGCUUGCCCAGUUAAAGUACUUUAAUUGAUAUCGGCAAGUGUCAAAACAUUGGUUUUGAUGACUAAAAUUGUGCAGAAAUGGUGUAAA